UUGGAGCAGCACAUUGGUUCCGCAUGUCAGAAAGACAUUCGUUCCGCCCGCCAGAAGUCGCGGAAAUGGUUUCGCCCUAGUCCUUGAUACAUAAAACGGAACCAAAACUCACUGAACGGAUCGUUGCCUUGAGGUCAGACUAGUUUUUGUAAGCGUUUUAAAGUUGUUUUAAAUUCAUAUUAACAAACAUUGAGUAGAUGUGGGUGCUAGCUUGCUAACAUUAGUAACUUAACAGUCAGUCGUUGUUGGGGGGCAUAAGUAUUGUUCGAGUGUAGUUGGGUUUAAAUAUGCUGGGAUUUUCUUUGUUCUACUUUCCAAAGCCCGAUCCGCUUUAUUAAUAUUGAUAUUCGGUUCGCUCUUUGUUACUAAUAAUAAGUAACUGCGUGCUUCGUUGUAGCAGUCUGCAGGCCAACGGAGCCCCGAAUGCAAGUUAGACCGUUACGAUAGCUAUCUCGUUUUAUGGCGCAGUGCAAUUACUCUGUGGGAUAUGGAGCCAUAUUGUGUAUUUGGCUCCAGCAAUAUAAAAGAAACACCCCCGUAACAGCACCAUGGAGGAGGAGGAUGUGCUGCCCGUGGCGGCUGUAGAGAGUGCGCCCGCAAUCCCGGACCCCGAGGUCUUCGCCGCCGAUGGCUUCGCCGCCGAGGCCAUGGCAGCCGACCUGGACCCCUGGAUCGUGUUUGACUCCCGCAAGACCCCCAAGGCGGAGUUCGAAGACUGGCUGGAGAGCAACCGCCCCUCACAGGUCUCCCGCUACGGGGACGAAGACAGCGGCAAGGGCCCCGUGGGCUGGAUCGCCGUCACGGGGCCCGGACACUGCCCCAGCAACGCGGACGUGGUGGGCCUCCAGGAGAGCUGGGACAAGCUGUUGGCCAGCGGGCGGCCCAUCAACUUCCAGACGGUGAAGGAGCUGGCGCUGAAUCACAGCGUCCUCUCGGGCAAGUGGCUGAUGCAUCUGGAGGCCGGCUUCAAGCUGGAGCAGGCCUGGGAGUGCGUGGCCCGGGCGACCCUCGACGGCAAGAUGUGGCAGGUGAAGGUGAGCCCCAACAACCCGCACUCGGACAGCAAGCAGGUGAUCUGCGUCUACAACCACAACUUCACCGACGAAGUGGAGGUGAUGCGGCUGGACACGGCCAUCCGCUCCACGGGCAUCAAGUGCUCGCUGUCGUACAAGCCCGACGUGUACACCUACCUGGGCAUCUACCGCAACAACCGCUGGAAGCUCUGCCCCACCAUCUACGAGAGCAAGUUCAACCUGGAGUGCGUGCCGCGACGCUCGCUCAUCAUGAACAAAGUCACCAAUCUGGAGGUGACAUGAUGGAAGGGGGAGGGAAGAAGAGGAGGAGGGAGGAAUGCGGGGGUUCGUGGGGAAGGGUGAGGCACUGUUGGAUGUUGUCUUCUGGGCCGUUGUCGGACAGUCCCCAGACGUUUCGUUUUGGUUGUACUUUGGAAGGAGAGAAAGUUAAGAAAUGAUGGUGGAUGUUCAUUUCCUCAAUGUUUACAUUUGGAGAUGGUUGGUUUUUUAAAUUUUAUUUUCCAUUUAAAACAGGGCCGAUAUAUUUUGGAGGGGAAAUUCGUAUUUUCUACAGAAAUGUUUGAAGAAAAGACAUGCAUUGCAAGCAUUUAUUUAUGUUAUGAUGAUGGAUGCAGUUUGGCAUCCUUUCUACAAAAUGCCAACUUGAGAAUACCGACCCAUGUUGUACGUGAUUAGGUUUACGAAUAAUAAAGAAAAUGCAUACUUUAAACCGCUUGCUUUUAUUUAUACAAAAUAUGACCCUUUUACAUUAAUCUCUUUUCAACGAGGCAGGUGUUUUGAGCGACAGGCAGGCUACAGCUACUGCCAAGAGAAUGUGAUGCAGAAGUGAGGUUGAAUUAGUAGCGACGGGACAACAUAAAAAAACAUGUCAAACACAUACAUGAACAUACAUUAAAAAUGUAAAGCUAACACCGUUAACUGAAUUCAUUAAUACCGGCAUUUUGUGUGGUGUGUGUACAGAUGGAAUUAUUUACAAAAUGGACAAUCAUCCUUGUCCAAUGCCGUAAAAACUGCAUUUCCCUCCGAGUAUCUCAACCACGUUAAAGACGAGGACAUGCAUUAAAGAAAUGACUUAACAGCCCACAUUUAAAAAUGUAUAUAUAGUACAUACAUGCGCCUAUGGGAUUCACUGUAUCCAGGAGCCUGUGCAGCUUCUACCUACAUUUAGAAAAUAUCAAACACGGCAAUUAGGCCCAUU